AUGUCUGACUUUUGGGCAAAUGGUGCUGUAAAAAUGUUGGUAGAUCGGGAUAGGACGGCUCGCGUAAACAGCUCGGUAAAUCAUGAGGAUUGCGCGCCGCAGCUCGACUUGGACAAUAUUUGUGCCAAUAAAAUUCUCCCUAACAAAGCUGUUGUUGUCAACGAAAAGCCGCCUGACCUGUUUUUGGACCCUUUUAGUCCGUCUAGCUAUGUAAACAUAGUAAAUGAAGAGUUCCUCACAAGUCGUUCAAAUGUUCUUGAGCGCACAGCCGCACUGCCUGCCUGGCUGCAGCCGGGCCUCAGCGUCUCCGCGCUACCGACGCGCGCCGUUCUACUAGAACGCCCGCACCCGCGCGGUAAUCAGCUUUUGUGCGCGGUAAUUGGAAAGCGAUGCACGCCAACGCUUGGCCCUGCUAAGCGUGCAUUAAUAUUGUCAAUAGUUGGAGUUAGUGGAAGUGAAGUACGUGUUCCGCCUGCCGCUAUCUACGGCGCAGCUCGCGCGGUGAAUUCGAAUGGCCUCUCACACCGCCGCGCCUCCUCAGUUCCCACCUUAUGCCCUCCACCCCAGUAA